AUGCUUACCCAAAACAUUCCACAAAGAUUUGGCAAGUAUCGAGUGCUAAAUAUUGUUGGACAAGGAGCUUAUUCAACUGUCGUUAAAGCACUAAACGAAAAAACCUCAGAGAUUUUUGCAAUCAAGGUCAUUGACAGACAAAUGGUCACAAAUUCUGGAAUGUUGCGUUACCUUGAUACAGAACUCAGAAUUCUUGAAAGAAUAUCGCACCCCUCAUUGAUCAAAGUCUACGAAAUUCUUUACGAAGAAAAAUUUAUCCUCAUAGUUAUGGAAUUUUUGCCUCAUGGUAAUAUCGUCGAUAUAUAUGAGAACAGGAUCUUCUUUUCGUUAAAGGAGCGACUGGAAAUCUGUAUUAAAAUCCUUCAAGGACUGAAUUUUCUGCAUGAUCAUGGAAUUGCUCACAGAGAUAUCAAACCAGAGAAUAUAAUGUUUGACGUAGAAAAUAAUCCAAAAAUUAUAGAUUUUGGCCUUUCAUGCGAUAGAAAUUGUCUGAAAAAAACGUUUUGUGGUUCAAAACUAUACAUGGCUCCAGAAGUAAUGAGAGGUGAUAAAUAUAAUGGCUUCAAAGCAGACAUUUGGUCUCUUGGUGUGACGUUUCACCUUUUCAUGUCAAAUGAGCUGCCAUUUGACUACAACAGCGAAGCAAAACUUCUUAGAGAAGUUAGGAAUGGUAGAUUGUGCUUGAAAAACAAAACUAAUGGUCCAAUUAAGGAAAUUAUUAAUAAAAUGCUUGAUCUCGAUCCAGAGAACAGACCGACUGUUAAGGAACUUAUUGAAAUGUUUAACUUAUUCAGACCAACUGUAGAAAAGAAGCUAACACUUCCUAGAAUUACAUUUAAACCAGAACAGUCAAAAAUCAAUCGUGCUAGAACAGACGAUGUGUCAUUUCGCAUAUUUGGUCUUAAGCAUAGGAUUAACUCUAUUGGAAGUCUAUGA